AUGAUUAAUAAACUAAGUGUCAUUUCAACAGUCCUUGUUCUUAAAUUAUAUUUAUACUGGUCACUCGAUUUGGCUAAACAAGGGCGAAGAUAUUCUUGGUUCAUUGAUUGGAAAAGCUGUCGCAAGGGAUUAUUUAAUUUAAAUGAAAUAUUGAACAAACACACCUUAGUUUGGGAAGAAAGAAUCAAAUGGAAUAACGAAAAUUAUGAAGCAUUAAAGAAAUUUUUGAAUCAAUUUAUUUCUCUUAUUCAUAAAGCUUGUCCUUAUAUAGGUAUUACUUCUCAUCGUAUUUAUGAAGAAUUUGAAGAACUCUUUAUUUAUAAUUGGAUUGAUAGAAAUGAUUCAGUAACUCUUUCAAAUAAUAAUAAAUGUAAGUUUAAUCUUGUUACUUCAAUGAUGAGUCGUGAUGGACAUAAUAGCGAAACACUUCAUAAUAUAUGUAAUGAACUUGUAGUAUUAAUAAGAGUUCAAUCAAAGAAAAUCUAUGGUGGUUAUAAUCUAUCUAAUUGGAUGUGUAGGAAAAAAUCAAUGUAUCGGUGGUUUCUUUAUAUGUUAUAUAUUAAUGAGCAAGAUCUUUAUGCUGGGUAUAAUGUUUACAAUUGUGAGAAUAUUUUUGGUAGAGGUGAAGAAGGCGAAACACCUAUUAUUGAAGAAACUGAAGUAUUCAUUACAAUUAAUAAGUGA